AUCAACAACAAAUCUAAAACCACAGAGCUCAGAGCUCAGAAGUGGGUAGUGAAAAUGGGGUUCUGGACACUCUUAGAAGUGGCAUCCAUGCCCAUUUUACAAGUUCUCAUUGUGAGUUUGAUGGGAGCCUUCUUGGCUUCUAACUACUCUAAUCUUCUUCCCCUGGAUACACUAGCUGCCUUGAACAAGCUUGUGUUUGUGGUUUUCUCUCCUUGUUACAUUUUUGCCAGUCUAGUUCAGACCCUCACACUUGAGGAUCUUAUUUCAUGGUGGUUUAUGCCUCUCAAUAUCUUGCUCACCUUUGUAGUGGGAGGGUUACUUGGAUGGUUGGUGGUGAAGAUUUUAAGGCCUAAACCUCAUCUCGAAGGCCUCAUCAUAGCCACUUGCUCCUCAGGUAACUUGGGUAACCUGGUCAUCAUAAUUGUUCCUGCUAUCUGCAACGAAAGUGGAACCCCAUUUGGUGACACCAAGGCAUGUCGCUCUGCUGCGCUCUCCUAUGCAUCACUCUCUAUGGCACUAGGUGGUUUUUUCAUAUGGACUUACACUUAUCACCUUGUUCGAACAUCAUCUAUGAAAUUUAAAGCACUCGAAGUAGCCCAAGCUCAAGCUCAAGCUCAAGCUCAAGCUCAGCAGGAGAUUACAAAGACACCAAACAAAGAUCUAGAAGGGGAUUCCCAAACCUGCCUUCUUACCAAGGAUAAGGCUCAAUGUGAUGAUGAUGAUCAUCAUCAUGAGUACGACCAUCUUGAUCUUGUAGUAUCAGAAAUCAACUCUGUUGAACACAAAUUCACUACUACUAGUACCACUCAGCAAAACCAAGCUGCUGAAUUGGAACACACAUCAUUAUGGAGUAGAGUUAGUCAACUUCUUCACAAGAUAAGAGAGGAGCUAUUGGCUCCCCCAACCAUAGCUGUGUUUGUGGGACUAGUGUUUGGGGCGACCAAGUGGCUCAAAAAUCUGAUAAUUGGUCCGAGUGCACCACUGCGUGUGAUCCAAGACUCGGCUCAAUUGGUGGGUGGUGGAACACUACCGUGCAUCACCCUUUUACUAGGAGGGAACCUCACUCAAGGCCUACGCUCCUCAAAUAUCAAACCAUCCCUACUGGGAGGAGUGAUUUUCUGCCGCUACAUACUACUUCCUGGCAUUGGGAUUUUGAUAGUUAGAGGAGCAAACCAUCUUGGAUUUCUGCCAUCAGAGCCCUUGUUCCUCUACCUCUUAAUGCUCCAAUUCACACUUCCUCCGGCCAUGAAUAUUGGUACUAUGACACAACUGUUCAACGUUGGGCAAGAAGAAUGCUCAGUGCUCUUCCUAUGGACCUACUUGGUAGCAGCUCCAGCACUCGCCAUUUGGUCCACCAUUUUCAUCUGGAUUUUGUCUUCAAGUAAUGUAUAAUAGCAAAAGUUAUGAGAGUACGUUUCUAUAUCAUAUCUGGCUGUUGUUGUAAUAAACAAGCUCACACAAGAAGAGUUGAAUCAAAAAGAUAAAAAAAAAUCACAUUGAUCAAGUUGCAUCUAAAUGUACCAAGUUAAUAAUAACACAUUCAUAUAGCUCCACAAGUCAAAUUAAUGAUAACAACUCAUUUAUGACUAAGAGACAAAAUUAGAUAUGAGACCUUGGG